AUGAAGGAAGACAAAGCUGCCUACAUGUCGGUCUUCUUGUGUUUCUGCCGUGGAGCAACAAGGGAUGCGAAGGUGAAGUACACUUUUAGUUUAUUAGAAAAAGAUGGCAAAGUCAGUAAUUUAACGGACAGCACAUAUACCUUUUCAUCGGCGAGUAUCGGUCGGGGCUGGACCAACUUUAUUGAAAAGUCCAAGCUGAAGGAACUGCUGUCCCGCAAUGACGACUGCUUCACAAUCAGGUGUGUUUUGACUGUCAUAAAAGACCAUCACACGGAACAAGUUGGCACAGUCCCGGUCCAGGUCCCGCAGUCAGACCUGCACACGCACUUUGCAAAUAUGUUGAAGGGUGGAGAAGGCGUGGACGUGACAUUCAGUGUCGGCGACCAACUCUUCAGUGCACAUAGAUACGUGUUAGCCGCACGAUCGUCGGUCUUCAAAGCCGAGCUCUUUGGUCAAAUGAAGGGGACCACUACAAAAAACAUCAAGAUCGAUGACAUGGAGCCUGCCAUCUUCGAUGCACUUCUUUACUUCAUAUACACAGAUUCUCUGCCAAACAAUUUCGAUGUUGAUCAAAAUGUGGCACUGCAGCACUUGUUAGUCGCUGCAGAUCGGUAUGGACUGGAAAGGCUAAAGGCUAUUUGUGAAGAGAAGCUAUGCCAGAAAUUUGAUGUGCAAACAGUUGCAACCACACUUGCUUUAGCAGAGCAGCACCACUCCUUGCAACUUAAAAAAGCUUGCCUUGGAUACCUGUCUUUGCAGGACGUGCUUCGAGCUGUCAAGAAGACGGAUGGAUUCAAGCACCUCACAACCAGCUGUCCAUCGAUUAUGAUGGACAUAUUAGACAAGGUCGCCCCAUCGUCACAAGUAUGA